CUACCACUCGCCAGGAGCUAUGUCACGUAUAGUGUAUGCCGCAUUGCACAGUUCAAGCUGGAAACGUCAGCACUUUAAAUAGAAAUGUUUCAAGAGAAUUGGAAGGGAAUGCACGGCUCUUCGUAUGCGCAGUAGUUACAUAUUUUCGAGUCUUCGAUCCUACGCUUGUAUCUACCUUUCUUCCACAUUUAUAAUAUAAAAAAUCAGUUUCAAUUCAGUGAGAAAAUGUCAGAACCGAUUUUGAAUCCUCCAAUUCCUUAUGUGGGAACUGUUGAAGGUGGUUUGGUACCUGGAAAAAUGGUAAAAGUUAAAGGAAAAGUUCCUUCAGAUGCUAUACGUUUUGCUGUCAACUACCAAUUAGGACCCACGUUAAAUCCAAGGGAUGAUAUAGCGAUUCAUUUAUCACCACGUUUUCCAGAAGGUUUUAUCACUAGAAAUCAUAUAGAAUCAAUGGCUUGGGGAAUAGAAGAAAAUGAAGGUCCUAUGUGUAUUCAACCUGGACAAGAAUUUGAAAUACUUUUAUUAUGUGAUCAAGCAUGUUACAAAAUUGCUAUAAAUGGCAGACAUUUUGCAAUAUUUGCUCAUCGAUUACCAUACCAGAAAGUUACUCAUUUAGUUAUUGAUGGUGAUGUAGAAAUAAACUCUAUUGUCUUUGAAAAUGUUCCUAAUCAACUACCUGGUUCUCCAAAAGCUGUGCCUACACCAGAAAUGCCUACAGCAAACUUUGGACCACCACCACCUGGUGGAUUGUAUCCAACUAUAAAUCCUCAAGGACCACAAGGUGGAUAUGGACCACCACAAGGUGGAUAUGGACCACCGCAAGGUGGAUAUGGACCACCACCAAUGGGUUAUGGACCCCCACCUGGUGCAUUUGAUACACCUGGAUAUACUCCUACAAAGCCAUAUGGAUAUCAACCAGGAUAUGAAAAACCAGAAGAACAAGAUGCGUUUGGUGGUUGUUUAGAUAAAGUUGGUUUAGCGUUAGGUGGACUAGUUGCAGCUGGAGGCAUAGCUGCUGCUGCCCACGCAUUAAAUAAAAAGAAAGAUGAAGAGACAGAGAAAGAGCAUGAAAAAUCAGACGCUUCAAAGUCAAAAACAGAAAGUGAGGGUGUUUUUGGAAACCUUGGUUCUCUUGGUGCAGCUUUAGCAAGCAAUUUAGUAAGCAAUGCUUUACAAAGCAACUCGCAUGCACAACAAGGUUAUCCUCAACAAUCCAGUGGUGGAGUAUUGGAUUCUAUUCUUGGAGCAUUAGGUGGUGGUAAUAGUGGUCCGCCAGCUCAACCACCACCAAGUCAACCAAGUGACCCACUAUCAGGAGCCCUAGGAUCCAUUCUUGGUGGUGUUCUUGGUGGUGGUGGAGGAAAUCAACAACCACCGUAUCAACCUCAAGGGGGUUAUGGAAAUUAUCAACCUCAAGGGGGUUAUGGAAAUUAUCAGCCUUCUGGUGGAUAUAGUAAUCAACAACCAAGUUCAGGUUCGGAUCUUUUAUCAGGAAUAGGUUCUGCAAUCGGUUCUUCUUUGUUUAACUCUGCUCUAGAUGGUCUCAGCAAACGUGGCAAAGGUAAAUCUCAUGAGGAAGACCAUUCAGCUCCUCCACCAUCUUAUGUACCAAGUACACAACCUUCUUCACAACCUGCUCCAUCUUCCGACAACCCUCCUUCUUCUGGGCAGAAAUUAACUGCAGAUGAAAUAUCAAAAGGCCUAGGUUUGGACGAUUAAUGUAAGUUGAAAUAAAAAGUCACAUAAAAGUAUAUAUACAUAUAUGUAAUAUGUAUGUGUACAUAUAUGUAGAAUGAGAAUUUUUCGCUAUUUUCAUUGAUUUAAAACGUAAAAUGCGCUGCAUUCUUCAGUUCAUGAAUAAGCUAAAAAACUAUAAACAUGACAUGCACAUUUUCUGACUAUGUUAUGAACAAUUGAUACAAAAGCAGCUAGUUUAUUACACGCGUACAACAUUUUUAAUGUAAUAAAAAAGAAUAGUACAAGUUGCUUUAAUCUUGUAUUAAACGAAACGAUAUUUUGUAUAUAAAUUAUUUAUUUAAGAUAAUUCUCCGCCGAAAGUGCUUUUAUAGAAUGUUAUAGCAGAAAUUAUAAACAAAAUAAAACAAAAUAUUUAUGUGUACAUAUUUCAAGCUUUAUGAACAACUAGAAGUUUAUAAUUUGAUUGUUGUUUUCUAAGAUUUAUUAUAUUUUUAUAAAAAUAUUAGUGGCCUUAGAAUUAUAUGCAGAACAUUUUGUUAUUUAUUCUGUUUACAUAAUAUAUAGAAAAUAAAGUAUAUGUACCUACAUAAACAUUUCUUUCAUUGAUAAAUUUAUUCUUGGUCAAAAUCUUCACUUUUUAAAUUUGUAUUUAAGGUAAUGUCUUUAUUCUGUAACAUAAUAACUAUUAAUCACUGUUAAAUAUUUCUCUGUGUAGUAACUUUUUAAUUUAUUAUGUACUUACAUUUAUUUUAGAUGUCAAUAUUUUAAGUUCUUCUCUUUUUUUUCUUUUAAAGAAUCCAAGUGUAAUCAAUCCUAAAAGUAAAAAUGCAAGCAAUACAAUGCCUAAAGUAAUCGACAAAAUUAUUAACCAACUGGCAAGUUGUUCAGUUAUUGGUGAACCUAAAAACAUUGUGGCAACAAUAGCGCUAUUAGGUUUUUCCUCAUAUUUCUGAGUAAUAUAUGUUUGUCCAAUAUUUGCGCUUCCAUUGGAUACAAAAAAUAUUAUAUCUUUUCUUUCUGACAUAGUUGCUAGAAUAUAAAAUAAAAAAUAUAAGUUAUUUAGAAAUCUUUAAAAAAUUAUUUAUAUUAAGCAAAUAUAAAAAAAAUCUUACAUAUAAAAUUUUGUAAAUAAAGAUCCAAUGUAAGAGAAAGUUUAGCAGAUAAGAAAUCUGUGAAGGGGCCCAGUGCGCAUUUAAGAUGUGUACAUUGUAUAUUAGUAUUUGAACAAUUGAGAUAUAAUGAUCUAUUCAUGGGCGGUAAACUUAUCGAAAAAUUGGUCUCUGGUUUAAAUUCUUCUUCCAUACUAAAUUUAGAAUUUGUAAAAUUUGAAUAUAUACAAUAAAAUUGUUGCCCAUUCAUAUAACCACUUGUCUUGUUGAGAUUAAUAAUAUGUAUAUUUCCAGUAGAGUGCUUCCAAUAUGUUGGAAUACUAACUGUUAGGAUAACUUUUUCAAUUGGGCUAACUCCAGAUUUUUGAACUUCGUAAAAGUGUUCAAAUUGAAUACUACUUAAUUGCUGUUCUUCAUUAUCAAAAUAUGAAUAUAAAACAUCUUGUGCUUUCCUAAUAUAUUUAUAUACAGAAAAAAAAUAUAUAAAAAUUAUUAUUAUUUAAUGAUACAUAAAUAUUAUAACAGCAAUAUUAACUAACCCAGUUAUUUCUAUAUUAAUAUCAGUAUCAAAGUAUAUAAUUAAGGAGUAUGUAUUAUUUGAUGGAUAUUUUUGUUCACUUUGCAUGGUAAAAUUUGUUAUUAACUCUAUUUGAUUAAUAUCAUAUAGAAUCUUAGUCGUAUCCAAAAAUAAAAUUAGUGUUUCCUAAAAGAAUAUUUAGUUUUAUAAUAUUAUUUUAGAAAUUCCUAUAUAUAGCAUAUAAAACUUACAUUUUUUUUUAAUGGAUUCUCAAUAUCACAAAUUAGUUCUGAAGUAUUAUUUCUGUGAGAACUUUCAAUACAUGAAGGCGGUAUACUUUCUAAAGGUAUUGAUUCUGGGAUAUAUACAUAUAUUUUAGUUUGAUAUGCUGGUUCGCCAUAAUUGUGGAUAUUUAUUAUAAACUUAAUAACAGACUUAGAUCCUAUUGUGUAUCUAUUUCCAAGCGGUAAAUCUGUAGAUAACGUUAUUCUAACAUCUGAUGUGCAGAUAUUAUCUUCUCCACAAUCCACAGCAAAUGGCAGCUUUAUUGAAUCUUCAGUUUUAGACUGUAUUUUAUUUAUACUUGCACAGGAUUUACAAAAAAUAUUUGAAUUUGUUUUGUUCAGUUGUGCAUUCUUAGAUUGCAAAUUUUCGUUUAAGGUAAUUGAUACAGAUAUUUCUAAUGGAUCUAUUAUAUUUUGAAUAUUUUUCUAAACAAAUUAAAGAGUAAGAAUAAUAUUAAUUAAGU